AUGAGCCUGCGCCUGCCUCUUCGGGGAUCCAAUUUCGCCACCAUCAUCAGCGCCUACGCCUCACCAAUGAUUAGCUCUCAUGAGGCAAAGAGAAAGUUCUACGAAGACCCACACACACUACUGGCCUCUGUGCCGAACACGAACAAGCUGGUUAUCCUUGUUGACUUCAAUGUCUGCGUCGGGACAGACUGUACUGCCUGGAAGGGAGUGUUGGAUCCUCACGGAAUCGGCGGCUGCGAAGAAAGUGGUCUCCUCUUACGAAACUGUUUAGAUCACUUCCUCCUGCUGACUAACACCUACUUCCGCCUGCCGAUGCGGAGGAAGGCGACCCGGAUGCAUCCCCAAUCUCGGUGCGGGCAGCUGACAGACUACAUUCUCGUCAGGUGGCGCGAUCGGCAGGACGUGCUGGUGACCAGGACGAUUUGCGAUGGCGAUGGCUGGACGGGCUACCGCCUCAUCACAAAGAUGAGGUCCCGUCUGUAA